GGGCUUCAAGCAAUAAUGAUUCUCUGCCUUUCCACUCUUCCUCCAGACUCUGUGACUUUUAUUUUCAAUGAAAUGUGCAGAGGACUUUUAACCACUGAGAAACGUUUGGAGAUGAUCUGGUGGACAGCCAGCAGGGCCUGGCUCUACUUCUCCUGCUUCCUCCUGCUGGGUGUCUGCUCCCAACCAGAGGAUGGAGGACCAGAAGUGGUACUGGACCAAGUAUCAGGAGAACCUGACUUCGGGGAUUGGGAAAUGGGUUCUGGAUCUUCUCUGCUGCAUCUCUUCAACAACUUCCCUGCUGACAGUUCCUUUGUUAAUGAUUCCCCAAAAGAACCAGUCAAUUGCACGCAGCGCUUCUGGUUGCCACCUCCCUCUCCAGUCUGCUGGGAAACUGUAGCAGAACCGGAGGAGUUUGCCAGGUCCCGUCUGCUUGUUCUGCAGAACAGGGCCGCGCUGCAGGCGGUGUCUGACCUGAGCGGGGUGGAGGAAGCAGGGGUUUCCUACAACCACCAAGCCAGAGAGGAGGUCCAGGGCGUCCAGUCAGACCACCAGAAGGUGACAGAGAUAAUGCAAACCAUGGAGAAUGUGUUUGUCUCACUGGUGGAGAAAAGGAACGAGGGGAAGGAGCAGGGCAUUCUUACUAGCAUAAGAGAGCAUCUUACCAACACAGGGGAGGCUAUGGAAGGAAAAGAGCUCCUGGCAAACAACCUGGAGAGCCGCUUUUCUACUUUAGAGAAGACGCUGCUCAACAUACACCUUCGACUCAACAAACUCAUUCGACAAUGACAACAAUCAAAGCCUCCUCAAAGAGCAUCUGGUACAAGAGUUUAAAUUGUAUAUGCAUAAUAAAUUCCGAUGCCUACAAAGGAAAUCUAAAUUGUUAGCAAAAGAACAGAAAAAAGUACAAACCCAUAACCUGAACACAUGUGGCCGUUCCAGUUUACGACUCCGAAUGAUCCAUAUAGACAUUUUACAGUCGUUUAAAACACCUUGUAAAACUCUAAUAUACUGAGGUUGGCAUCAGAAUAAGUGACUUGUCAGACUUGAGAGAUUAUGGUUUUUGUCUGUUUAUAUAGACAUAAAGGUUACCCAGUACAGCAUUGACAUGUAUUUUAAUCUAAACAAUAAGUCCAUUACUAAAUAAAACAUAAGCAUUCUGAUGUGUAAACAUUUAAGAAAUAUUGAAUUAUUUAAACAAACAGAUGUUCAAGGUUCUUGCUGGCAAAUAGAGGUACAUCUGAUACAUUUCAAACCUAUUGGAAAUGUCCAGUAUCAGUAAUCAGACGUGUGAAGCUGAGAUACCCGUCCUUCAUAUGCAGUUAAUCUGUGCAUGACUGGAGGUGGCCGGAAAAACGUUAACCACCUUCAACCUGUGCAAAAAAUUGAACAAAUUUAAGACUCUAAACCUGCAAAACUCUUUGGCACUCCACAGUGCUGUGAAAGUUUUAACACCUCUUGAACAUUUUCACAUUUUUUCAGAUUACAAAACCCAAGCUUCAAAGUAUUUUAUUUGGAUUGCAUGAGGCAGACAGACCGACAUGAAUUGGUGCAUAAUUUAGAUAUUUCUUUGCUUUUUUUUUUUACAAAAAUUAGAAAAGUGUGUCAUGCAUUUGUAUUUAGCUGCCUUUACUAAAUGCAAUCUGCAGCAAACUGCAGUCAGUAAAGAGAGUACAGUUUAAUCUUAAGAUAAAACCCAGUCUUCUGAGAUUUGGGGAAAACAUUAGACACCAAACAGCAUCAUGUAAACAGAGCAGCUCACUCAAAUGAGAGAUUCACAGCUGACAUGGGAUAACUUUCAUCACGCUAAUGCUGAAAGGAAACAAUAAAAAGUUGUUUAGUUAUUCCAUACAUGGUGCGACAAUCACCAUGUAUGGAAUAAGAUGUUGCUCUGGUCAGUUGAGACCAAAAUUGCCACUUGCCUUAUGUAUGGGGAGACCCUGAACACAUCACCCAACUGCUUCAAGGCUGCAUAAUAUUAGUAAAAUAUGAGACAUGAGCUAACAUUGGAACAGCAUGCCCAGAUUGCAUGAAC